CACUAAAACACACACACAGUCUAUACAACAGUUAAUGUGUCAACAAUUGUAUCACUCAUUCCAUCAAUUGAUUGACUGAUUGUUUAUGUUUUUAAUCGAUGUGUCACUCAAUGAACAGAUAAUCAUGUGUUAUGUUGUGUCCAUCACUGGUCUAAUUGUCACUCAUAACAGUUCCACACAAUACUAAUGUGUUGGUUAAAAACAAUAACAACAUUACCAUCAAUGGCCACAUCAUCGGUGACCACAUAUCGUAAUUGUUGUCGUCGUCAUCAUCGGUAUAAAUCAAUUGAUAUGUGGACUCAAUUAGUGAUAAUUGUAUGUCUGUAUCAACUGAUGACUUGUAUUACACAUGAGGAGCGAAUACAGCUCAGAGAUGAGUCCCGCGAGAUGUUCUUUCACGCGUACGACUCAUAUAUACGGUACGCGUUUCCCGCCGAUGAACUGAUGCCACUCUCCUGUAGGGGUCGGUAUCGGGACUCACACGGUGUGGCCAAUAGGGGUGACGUCGACGACGCUUUGGGUAACUUUUCGCUCACUUUAGUCGACACAUUGGACUCACUUGUGAUAUUUGGAAAUUAUAGCGAAUUUGAGGUUUCGGUCAAACGGGUCGUCCGGGACGUGCACUUUGACACCGAUGUUGUGGUGUCUGUGUUCGAGACCAACAUCCGAAUGGUCGGCGGUCUCAUCAGUGCUCAUAUUUUAGCCGAAUUGUUGAACCAAAAGUAUCAGCUGAUGGCCUGGUAUUCGGGACAACUGCUCGAAUUGGCCAAAGAUCUCGGCUAUCGGUUGUUACCCGCGUUUAAUACAACAACAGGAAUACCUCAUCCAAGAAUUAAUCUCAAAUAUGGCCUCAAAUCUGAUAACUUGGGCUUUGCGCGUGAGACGUGUACGUCAUGCGCUGGGACUAUGAUCCUAGAGUUUGCCGCAUUAAGUCGUCUCACAGGAGAUCCAGUUUUUGAAUUAAAGGCACGCAAAGCGAUGGAUUAUUUAUGGCGACAACGACACCGACAAUCAGAUUUGGUGGGAAACGUCAUCAACAUUCAUACGGGUGAUUGGAUUCGACGCGAGUCGGGUGUCGGCGCCGGUAUUGACUCGUAUUACGAGUACUGUCUAAAGGCUUAUAUACUGUUGGGUGACGAAAGCUAUUUGGAGCGAUUCAACCGACACUAUGCCGGUGUUAUGAAGUACGUGAGUCAGGGCCCGCUUCUGGUUGAUGUAAUGAUGCAUCGACCGCACAGUCAGGCUAAGAACUUCAUGGACUCGUUGCUAGCUUUUUGGCCGGGACUACAAGUGCUUAAAGGCGAUCUCAAGCCAGCCAUAGAAACUCAUGAGAUGCUCUAUCAGGUUAUGAAAAAACAUCGUUUCCUACCAGAAGCCUUUACCACCGAUUUUACAGUGCAUUGGGCUCAUCAUCCACUGAGGCCAGAGUUUCUGGAGAGCACUUAUUUUCUAUUUAAAGCAACCGGUGAUCCGCACUAUCUGGAAGUUGGCAAACAAGUGCUCCGAACUUUGCAAGAGUACGCACGCGUUGAGUGCGGUUUUGCGUCCGUAAAAGAUGUGCGCACCGGUGGUCACGAAGACCGUAUGGAUUCAUUUGUUUUGGCCGAAACAUUAAAGUAUUUAUAUCUACUGUUUGCAUACAAAGAGGACAUUGAAUUAGAUUUGGAUGAGUUUGUGUUUACCACUGAAGCACACCUUUUGCCACUGUCUUUAGCCAACAUUAACAUAACUGGAAGUAAAACGUCUCAAUCGAUUAAAAUGCAGACAUUUUUGUCUUAUAGUGACGAUCGAUAUGGUCGUGAAUGUCCUAAUACUCGACUACUUCUGGGAAAACAUUACGGACUAAACUAUGGCAAUAAUAUUCGCACUAAUAUGAAGAACUUUGUCGACAAUAGCAGCAAAUCGCCUAACAUUAAGCAACCGAUCGCUCGAUCAAAGAAUUUACGAUAUCCUAAGCUAAAGGCUUCAGAAUUUUCAGCGACUAAUUCGGAACACUUGGAUAUUGUAAGACAAAUGGGAAUAACUGUUGUAGUAUUGGCUGAUGGAAGGGUCCAAUUGGUUCAUAACAGUGCUGCCGCUGCCAGUGUUGAGGACGCUGAAGAUGGCACACAAUUUAUGCAAGAGAUGAUCGCCUUAUCUAAACAACAACUGCUUCAAAAUGAACAGAAACUGAGAUCCAUAUCGUUUACAUUACCGAAAAGCAGUUCCAGUGAUUUGAUGAUCAAAAUGGUGUUAAGUGCCGGUCCCGCACAGUUUGGUCUUGAUUUGGGUAAUAUCGAUGAUUCAAUCGAUGGAAAUAUUGUUCUUAUGGAUCCGUUGAAUGCGUGCAAAUGGCCGCUGAAGAAUGGCUUACAAGUUAAUGGUAAGAUAGCAGUUGUCGAGCGCGGAGACUGUAUGUUUGUGGACAAAGCACGUAACGUCCAAAAGGCAGGCGGUAUUGCCGUCAUUGUCAUCGAUAAUGUAGUCAACUCGAGCUCGAAGACGUCGCCAAUGUUUGCCAUGUCUGGCGAUGGACACGACGACGUGGACAUUGCCGUACUGUUUGUCUACUGGGAAGACGGACAGAUACUUCGGGCGGCCAUUGAACAGCAUCCGCACCUCAUUGUGUCGCUUAGUGUUCAAAGUGGUAACACUAGUGAAACGCAACGUUUUGUUGGCGUUGACGACGAAAGUGAUACAGACAUUGAACUUAUUAAUAGUGAUUCCAGUGGUGAUAACAGUGGCACAAAUGCCAUCAAAGGUGUGGCACAUGUGCGCGACAUUACCGACGAUGUGCUGUCUGUUAGCUCAUCGCCCGAAGCCAUUGAUAUCGACAAACUGCUGAAUGUGUUAAAUGUCGACAUAUCUAACAAAUACGCUGAUUAUGUGAACAAUAAAUUUAAAACGUUAGACAAUAAGAUCGUAGAAGAUAUUUGGGAUUCUGUGUUCAAAUCGACGGUUAAGACAAUGCAAGACGUGAUGACAAAACAUCAAUACAAGAACGUCGAUCCAAUCGUACGUCAAGUGUUUCGCGCGUCGCAGACACUGUCAGACGUGAAGAAGACAAUCAAUCAUUUGAUUGAGUUUCUCAACGACGACAAACUCAACUCCAGAUUCGGUGUCUGUAGUAAUCCAUUAGUGAAUGUCAUGGCAUUCAAGAAGUGGCUAAUCGACGCUCAUAUAAGUCCUUCAAUGAGUUUAUUAUGAGUGGUAUUUGUUUUUGUUUUUUCUUUGGAUCAAUUGUUUAGAUAAUAACCCAUUGAUUGGUGACACACUUGUAUUUUUGUUAUAAAUAUAGUUUUAUUUUAUUUUUUAAAAAUAAUAAUUUAUUAUGAUUUAUAUA